AAUUUUACUUUUUAGCGCCUUGAAUUCUUUUGGCACUUCUUUUUGCUAUGGGGAAUUUUAGAUUCAUAAUCUGCCCUUGCAGAGGGGGCUGCCUACAGAGCCGCUCACUUGAAUUUCUUGUUUUUGUUAUCUGGGGUCUUGUAGCCUGGUGUACAUUUCCUAUUUAAGAAGUAAAAUGGGAAUUUGCCUUCAGGGAAGACAUAAACUCGAGAACUGACAUUUGUUGAUAUCAUAUUAUCAUGGUUAUGAAAACUGAAACCAGUUCUACUUGGUUAUGUUAAUAUGUUCUGAAAAUCUGAGUAGUCAUUUUCAGCAGUCGGUUAUUCUGCAUUGAUCUCCGUUUUAUAAUACUGGUAAAUAUUUAUGUUAUUUCUUCUAGAAUUUAUAGGUUUUGCUUGUCUCCAACCACUUUGAAAUUAUGUUGUGAUGGAGACCUCGUACCUCUUUGUUUUGUUUAAUUGCGCAAUUUACCUUUGAUCAUCUUUGUUAGUAAAACUCUCAAUAAUAUGACAGAGGUUAGAGCGUCUUGCUUACCAUCCACUACAAAAAUUUUGUGGAAUUUUUUGUACCCAAUUUUGUGAAUGAAAUAUUUUCCCAGUAAAAUUUACUAGCAAAUAGGAGUUCCCUAAUCCUUGUGCUAUAUUUCUAGCAGUAGGAGAAGGAUGGUGGCUGGUGGUGGCAGUGAAGGCGUGGUGAAAACAGUGCGUUAUGGAUGCAACAAGAGCAGUUUCUUUCCUGAAGAAUCAUUUAAAAGCUGGGGGAAUUAUGGCAGGGCAUUAAGGAACACAAAAUCGCGGCUUACUGAUCGACUAUUGACACGAUCCACUGAUGAGUCAGAGCUACACGAAAUGCGUGCUAGGAGCCAGAAUGAGAUGACUAAAUCCUUAAACUGGUUUGAUAUAAUGUGGUUUGGUGUUGGGUCUGUUUUGGGAGCUGGAGUUUUUGUUCUCACUGGACAAGCUGCUCGGGAUUAUGCUGGACCUGCUGUCAUAAUCUCAUACCUCAUUUCCGGUUUGUCUGCUCUGCUUUCUGUCCUUUGUUAUACUGAAUUUUCUGUGGAACUUCCUGUUGCUGGAGGCUCAUUUGCGUAUUUAAGAGUAGAGCUUGGCGAUUUUAUUGCUUUUCUGGCCGCUGGAAAUAUACUUUUUGAGUAUAUUGUAUCUGGGGCAAGUGUGGCACGCUCAUGGACCUCAUAUUUUGCAACAUUGUGUAACCAUAAACCUGAAGAUUUCCGCAUAAUUGUUCCAGUUCUAGCUCAUGGAUUCAACGAAUUAGAUCCCAUUGCAGUUAUAUUAUCAAUUGCCAUCUGCGUUGGUGCGUGUAUGAGCAUCAAGGGUUCAUCAAAGUUCAAUUCGUUUGUAUCUAUAGCCCAUAUUCUGGUCAUGGUAUUUAUCCUUAUAGCAGGCCUUACUAAAGCUGAUACUUCUAAUUUCCAACCCCUUGCACCUUUUGGAAUGGAUGGUGUUUUGAGAGCUUCAGCAAUGCUAUUCUUCGCAUAUGUGGGAUUUGAUGGCGUUUCUACGUUGGGAGAGGAGAUCAAGAAUCCAGGUCGUGACAUACCUAUCGGCCUCAUAGGUUCGAUGAUUAUCAUUAUAACAACUUAUUGCCUUUUGGGAGCCACAUUAUGCCUCAUGCAGCCAUACAGUCAGAUUGAUGUGGAUGCACCAUUCUCAAUUGCCUUUGAAGCAGUUGGAAUGAACUGGGCGAAAUAUGUAGUGGCCUUUGGCGCACUGAAGGGAAUGACAACAGUAGUGCUUUCUAUUAUCAUUGCUCAGGCGAGAUAUUUCACUCAUAUUGCACGAACCCAUAUGGCUCCCCCGUUUUUAGCUGUGAUUAAUGAGAAAACUAAGACACCGGUGAAUGCCACUGUUAUAAUGACUAUUGCAAACUGCAUUGUUGCUUUGUUCACUGGCCUUGAUAUCUUGGCAAACCUUCUCUCAAUCUCCACACUUUUUCUAUUCUCACUAGUUUCCAUCGCAUUAAUAGUUAGGAGGUACUAUGUUUCUGGAGAGACAACCAACUCAGAUCGUAACAGGCUGAUUGGAUUCUUGACUAUGAUCAUAUUAUCUUCAGUAGGCUUAGCUGUUGUCUGGGUACAUAGCAAGAAUGUUGUGGGAUACAUAGUGCUGAUUGCUCUUUGGUUCAUUGCUACUCUUGGGCUGAAACUUACAGUAAAAGAAGCAAGGAAACCAAAAUUAUGGGGUGUUCCAUGGAUGCCAUGGUUGCCAUCUGCUAGCGUUGCGAUCAACGUAUUCAUUAUGGGUUCAAUUGAUGGUCCCUCUUUUAUCAGAUUUUCAGUCUGGACGGCAGGUUUGUUAGUCUACUACUUAUUUGUUGGAUUACAUGCUUCAUACGAUGCCGCGAGAGAAACUAAGGAAAAAUUUGAUGCAGAACAAGUUGAAGCUGUAACCAAAGGUUGAAGUUAUGUGUAGCAAAUGUUUGUCUCAAAUGGAGCUAUGCUCAAGGCUUAGUCAAGUUUAUCAUGGAAAGAGCUUCAUUUGUUUGCUUUUCAGUUUCUAAAUUGUGCUGUACUGUUGCUAUUUGAACUGCCACAAACAACCUGUUCAGCUAAAUUUACCAUGUGCGUACAAGUCUUGGAUAUUA